AAUCUGAACGCGCAGUGUUACAUCAUUUCACGUUGAACAGAACAGCUUCACCCAAGUACGUAGACGAUGCAAUGAAGAAAGACGCGAAGGUUACAGAUAUUUACGAGAGAAGACAUAUUUUUCCGAACAAUGGUUCCGUCCGACAUUAAAUUAUUGAUUUUGAUUACAUCAGCACCAACCCACAGAGAGCACCGAUUGUCAAUCAGACAAUCUUGGGGACAUUAUGGUAUAAGACGAGAUGUUGCAAUAGGAUUUAUUCUUGGUCGUACGCAUGAUCAACCUGUAGAAGAUCAACUAUCAGCAGAAAACUACAUGUACAGCGAUCUGAUUAGAGGGAAUUUUUUAGAUAGUUACAACAAUCUUACACUGAAAACUAUUUUCUUGUUAGAAUGGACAAGUAUAAAUUGUCCCGAAGCAAGAUAUCUGUUGAAAACUGAUGAUGACAUGUUUAUCAACGUACCAAAGUUGCUGCAGUUUAUUGAAACACACGCAAGCCAUAAGCGGUCCAUUUUCGGCCGACUAGCGGAAAAUUGGACACCGGUUCGCAAUGAAGAAUCUAAGUACUAUCUGAGUCCAGAGCAAUAUUCCCCUCCAUUAUUUCCACCGUUUACCACCGGCCCCGCGUAUUUGAUGACUUCUGACAUAGUUCCGGAAUUGUACAACGCUUCUUUAUCUCGAACAUUUCUCAAGUUGGAAGACGUUUAUAUCACUGGAAUAAUAGCGCAGCUUUUGAUUAUACGCAGAGUGAACAUAAAAGAGUUUUACAAUCAAAGAAUAGCUUUCAGUCAAUGUAAUAUAAAACAGUCUAUUAGUAUACACAUGGUGAUACAAAUCGAACAAUAUGAAUUAUGGAAAAUGUUGUCAUGA